ACAAAUCAGAAACACUUUUUCUAAUUUAUUCAAACCUUGAGAGUUUCUACUAAUUAAUAUUAACAUGGCUGAUAAUAAGCUUAGAAUCUGUGUACUGAUAUGUCUUAUCAGCAUAAUCUCAGCAUCAAGUGUAAUUCCUUCAGCAACUACUUUUGUGUCUUCUAACAUACCUGAUCCUUUUGGUAAGUUGAGUUCUACUUUUUAUGAAACAAGGUGUCCUCUUGCUUUGGCGACAAUUAAGGCAACAAUAACCACUGCUGUAUUGAAUGAUCGUCGAUUGGGCGCGUCUUUGCUCCGUCUACAUUUUCAUGACUGCUUUGUUCAAGGGUGUGAUGCAUCGGUAUUGUUAAAGGACAAUGCAACUUUCAAGGGAGAACAAAAUGCCUUUCCCAAUGUGAAUUCUCUGAGGGGUUACGAAAUCAUAGACAAAGUAAAAUAUAUAUUGGAGAAACUGUGUCCCGAAGUUGUUUCAUGUGCAGAUAUCCUUGCCGUUGCAGCAAGAGAUUCUGUUGUUGCUCUUGGUGGACCUUUUUGGCUAGUUCGUCUGGGAAGAAGAGACUCUACAACUGCAAAUUUGAAUGCUGCUAAUUCAGAUUUACCAUCUCCACUUCUUGACCUAAAGGGCCUUAUUGCUGCUUUCGGUAAAAAGGGUUUCUCAGCUGAUGAAAUGGUUGCUUUAUCAGGUGCUCACACAAUAGGCAAAUCAAAAUGCUCAGCCUACAGAUCUAGGAUUUACAACGAAAGCAACGUCGAAAUUAAUUACAGAAAAUCAUUGCAAGAAACUUGUCCAAGGACUGGUGGUGAUGACUACUUAUCUCCUUUAGACACCACAACUCCAGACAUAUUUGAUAAUGCUUUUUACAAAGACUUAUCGUCCUAUAAGGGCCUUUUGCAUUCUGAUCAACAACUCUUCAAUGGUGGUUCUGGUUCAACUGAUUACAAAGUUUUAGCUUAUGCCAAAGAUGCAACACUCUUCGGGUUGGAUUUCGCUAAUGCCAUGAUCAAGAUGGGAAAUCUCAGCCCUCUAACAGGAUACCAGGGCCAGAUCAGAAAAUAUUGCACGAGUGUUAAUUAG